CCCUCCUCCUCUAGAGGCGAGCCCUCACCAUGGUGAAGCUGCUGCCGGCCCAGGAGGCCGCCAAGAUCUACCACACCAACUAUGUGCGCAACGCACGCGCCGUGGGCGUGAUGUGGGGCACACUUACCAUUUGUUUCUCGGUGCUGGUCAUGGCGCUCUUCAUCCAGCCCUACUGGAUUGGCGACAGCGUCAGCACGCCGCAGGCAGGCUACUUCGGCCUCUUCUCCUACUGCGUGGGCAACGUGCUGUCCUCCGAGCUCAUCUGCAAGGGCGGCCCCCUGGACUUCUCCUCCAUCCCCUCCCGGGCCUUCAAGACAGCCAUGUUCUUUGUGGCCUUAGCCAUGUUCCUCAUCAUAGGCUCCAUCAUCUGUUUCAGUCUGUUCUUCAUCUGCAACACCGCCACAGUGUACAAGAUCUGCGCGUGGAUGCAGCUGGCUGCGGCCACAGGCCUAAUGAUCGGCUGUCUGGUCUACCCAGAUGGUUGGGACUCAAGUGAGGUACGGCGCAUGUGCGGGGAGCAGACAGGCAAGUACACGCUGGGCCACUGCACCAUCCGUUGGGCCUUCAUGCUGGCCAUCCUCAGCAUUGGCGAUGCCCUCAUCCUCUCCUUCUUGGCGUUCGUGUUGGGCUACCGGCAGGACAAGCUCCUCCCUGACGACUACAAGGCAGACGGAAAAGAGGAAGUGUGAAG